AUGAGUUUGAAUAGGGCAUUCAGAGGCGUUAAAUUAUGGCGAAAGGUACGUGCCUACUCUACGUUGGAAGCUCCCCGUAUAAAUCCUGUUGGAAUUCAGCAUUUAAGCAAGCAUUUGCAUGAGCAGGUCUUCGGCUCGAUAAAUGCGCAACCACAGCAGCCGGGUUUAAGUUAUGAAGAAAAGGAAAUGCUCACGCGGCUCUCUCGAACUUUUCUGAAAAACCACGGCCUGCUUGGUAAGAAAACAGCCAUUUCAGCGCCCAUAUCGUUCGACCUUCCACAGUUGCAAGGCCGAUCAUUGGAUGAGCACUUUCAGAAACUUGGUCACUUUGCUUCCCAGCCCUAUAGGGACCUUGCCGGGUCCAAGUUUACUAAUAUACCACCAAGGCCUAAAACCUGGCUUCGAAAGUCAGGAUGGGUACGAUAUGCUUCUGGGAAGGCGCCCGAAGCGGUUGAUUAUCCAGCAGAGGCCACAAUUGUGUUUGACGUCGAAACGCUUUACAAAAUUUCACCUUACCCGACGCUGGCCGUCGCUCUCUCUGAAGAAGCUUGGUAUUGUUGGACCUCCCCGUUUCUGAGCGGCGAGUCUGAUAAUCCGUCACAUCUAAUUCCUCUGAACACUCUUGACACGACUAGGCUUGUUAUCGGCCAUAAUGUUGGUUACGAUAGAGCAAGGGUGCUUGAAGAAUACAACUGCCAAGAAUCCAAAGCAUUUUUCCUGGAUACUAUGUCAUUGCAUGUUGCGUCUUCGGGGAUGUGUUCAAGACAGCGACCUCAAUGGAUGCAAAAGAGAAAGGCACAAGAUAGUCAAAGUUGCGAUGGGGCACAAUACUCGAACGUGCCUGACGAAGAGGAUCCAUGGACUACAGUUUCUACUCUCAAUUCAUUGAAGGACGUGGCACUUUUACACUGUGGAAUUAAGCUGGACAAGGCCCAACGCGAUUACUUUGCCACGCUUGAUAGAAAUGACAUCAUCAAUGACUUUACUCAAAUGGUUGACUAUUGUGCCACAGACGUGGAAGCAACUAGCAAGGUAUUUGACGUUGUGUUCCCACUGUUUUUAUCGAAGUGUCCACACCCUGUAUCUUUUGGAGCACUCAGGCUGCUGUCAACUUCGCUUUUAACGACUAGAGGUGAUUCAUGGAAAGAUUACAUAGAGAAGUCGGAAAACUUAUACCAGCAUAGUAAACAAAGCAUUGAAAAGAAAAUUUUGGCUAUUGUUGAGGAAGUCGUAAAGCUCAAAGACAAAAAGACUUUGAUUGAACAGGAUCCCUGGCUGAGCCAGCUUGACUGGACUAUAAAACCGCUUCGUAUUACAAAAAAAGGUUUACCAGCUAAAGGCCAAAAGCUCCCUGGAUACCCAGAAUGGUAUAGGCAGCUUUUUCCCACAAAGAAUAGCAAGCAAGCGCAAAUAACCAUCAGAAACAGAUUAAUUCCUCUUUUCUUCAAACUCUCUUGGGAAGGUGAGCCCGUUAUUUGGACGAGCUCUCAUGGCUGGUGUUUUGCUGUCCCUGUUUCACGAAGUGAAGAACUUGAAGCCAAAAACUACUUGAAAAUCAAUCCUGGAGAUGUCGUUAGUCCCGAGUUCACACUUUUCAAGGUUCCCCACCCCAACGGCCAGCAGUUUAAUUGCACGACUUUAGUCAGCAAACAGUAUGUUCAAUUUUUUGAAAAGGGCAUUUUAACUUCCCAUUCAGAGCUAGCGCAUGAGGCGCUGAAGAUAAAUUCAUCUUGUGCCUAUUGGAUCUCGGCUCGUGAACGUGUUAUGUCCCAGUUCGUUGUAUCCACUCGCGAUUUUCCUGAUCAAUUUAAAGAUCUCCAGCAUAAAACAUUUUCUGAUGAAGAAAUUAGUAUCAUAUUGCCUUCUGUUAUUCCUAUGGGCACGGUCACAAGACGUUCAGUUGAAAACACAUGGCUCACGGCAUCCAAUGCGAAGAAGAACAGAAUUGGCUCAGAAUUGAAAGCCCAAGUUCAGGCUCCGCCUGGAUACGUUUUUGUUGGUGCAGAUGUUGAUAGCGAGGAACUCUGGAUAGCAUCUUUGGUCAGUGACUCCGUUUUCAACAUUCAUGGAGGUACUCCCAUUGGAUGGAUGUGUUUAGAAGGUUCAAAAAGCGAAGGAACCGAUAUGCACACAAAGACAGCUCAGAUAUUAGGCUGCUCAAGAAACGAGGCAAAAAUAUUUAACUACGGACGAAUUUACGGCGCGGGCGUCAAAUUUGCAACUCAAUUGCUCAAAAAUUUUAAUCCAGGUCUCACUGAUUAUGAGGCCAAAGAGACUGCGGAGAAGCUUUAUAGCUCUACAAAGGGUCUAGUAAAACGCUCCAAAACCUUUAAGAAAUUCUGGUAUAGUGGGUCAGAGUCCAUUUUAUUUAACAAGCUGGAACACAUAGCAGAACAAGCAGCGCCCCGAACUCCUGUCCUCGGCGCUGGUAUCACAUCGUCUUUAAUGAAGGGAAAUCUUGGAUCCAACACUUUUUUACCAUCAAGAAUAAACUGGGCUAUUCAAUCAUCAGGAGUUGACUAUUUGCACCUGUUAUGUUGUUCAAUGAAUUACUUGAUAAAAAAGUUCUCCUUACGUGCAAGAUUGGCGCUAUCCAUCCAUGAUGAAAUCAGGUUUUUAACUGCAGAAAAAGAUAAAUACAAAACCGCUAUGGCCUUACAAAUCAGUAAUUUGUGGACCAGGGCAGUAUUUUGCGAGCAAAUGGGUAUAAAAGACUUACCCCAGAACUGCGCUUUCUUUUCUGCGGUUGAUAUCGAUCAUGUCAUGAGGAAAGAGGUUGACAUGGAUUGUGUUACUCCGUCAAAUAAAAUUCCUAUUCCGCAUGGUGAGUCUAAAGACAUUGUAAGUUUGCUCAAGAUUCCUGAAAGUUCCCUUAAAGACGGCAGAGAAGAUAUUGACGUUUCUGGCUUUCCUUUUCAAAAAAGAGAACCUGUUUUCUCUACCUAUGACAAGGCGCACAGUAGGGACUACCUGUACUACUUUUUGAGGAUGCAAAUUCAAUCAUCCAAAUGGAAGGUUGAGGAGCUUGAGCAAGAGUUUACGAGGAGGUCUGCCGAAAAUGACCAUCAGUCAAAGUACCGAUCAGAUGAGUAUAUGUUUUUGGAUUACAUCAAUGACACCAAAAAUAAAAACAGGCCCACUGCUGAAUUGGGCGGUGGACCCCUUGAAAACGCAGUCCACGGAAGUAUGAAUCUGACUUUGCGCACUCAACCUAUCGCCGAAUCUCAAGGGAAAUUUACAGAUGAAUUGGCUUCCGGCUUGAAUGUCGAGAACGAUUUAGAAGCACAGCAUUUUCUAGCCGCUAAUAACACUGAAGACACUGAAAACACUGACAAAGUGCAGCGUUGUACUUCAGCUGUGGCCAAGCGUAAAAGGUUGCGCAAAAGCGUGUUUGGUGGGGCAGAGGCUUACAAGCUUUUCAGCAGUUGCGUGGACAAGUCUCGAGCCUACGCAGGAAGGAAACAGGAAGAGCUUUUGAGCUCUGACCUUGCCAUAAAAACAAUUGUAAACGAAGUUGUUGCAACCGGCGGGUCAAGAUCUACUAAGAAAGUUGCGAAAAUUCGCAAAGCCGCCUCAAUAAAAAGCCCAGCCCUGAAGAAAGAUAUUUCCAAAACUGCUGCUUCGACAAGCAAAGUUCUAAAAAAAAUGAACAAGACUCUCAGGGCCGGUUAG